UUUCUUUAGAGGUUAUAUAUAUAUUAUUACUGGACAAACUGCACCCCCAAUUUAGACAUGAGCAAGUCUCCAGGUUAAAUGUUGAACUCCAUCUGAUAGGACUGAUCGAUGGCCAUGGUUCAGUAUAAACCUUCAGUCUUGCCAUUGUGUGAGUUGUUAUAGACCCAGCUUUGUUCUCCUCCAGUGUCUUCUCUAAGAGCUGUACCUGAUUUUGUUACCUGUUUUCAUCCAGAUUCACUGGGGAAGAGGACAAUUUUGCUUUUGUUUCUUGGCAGGAACCGCUUGAUUCUGAAACUCUUUUGAGAAGGCAUGGCAAGAAGCCAAAUCAGGUGUAGAGUAGAGGAAAGGAGAAGAGAGUGCUAUACAGAUUUUGGAGAAUAAAAACAAAACAUUCAUCUUGUGGUGAGAGACAAAGUAUGCCAAACCAAUCAAGUGUAGGAUACAGAAUGAGGUGGCUUAUAUUUUAGUGAAAUAAUUUGAAUUGUAGGCAAAUGGGUUAGGAUUGUUUCCGGUUCUGUGGAAUCUUUGUGUUUAGGGAUGAAAACAAAAAUCAUGAGUAUGAUGGGUCAAGCCAUAAUACAGAGUUCCACAGUUUGGGUACAGGAAGCAGCCACAGGAAAGUUGGCCAGUGAUAAAAAGCUUGAACCAGGGCAUCAAGAGGUAUGUUACUUAAGCAGGAAAGAAUGAAUGGAAGAAGGCAGAGAAAAUGUGAAGAAAAAUAUAACAGUCCUCUAGGUUGGUGCUAGUGAGAGCAGAGAUUGACAAAAAUCUGGAGCCAUGUAAGUAAGAGGAUCAUUAAUGAAGAUAAAGAAACUAGGUGUAAGAUCUGGAUUUGAUGAGCUAAAGAAGCUGAGUGUUUGCCAUGGGAAGUAGAUAUUUGUGGAGUAGACAACUCCAGCCUACAGGAGGGCUGGAAACCCGAGAGGGCUGGAAGGAUUUGGUUUCAGGUUGUUACUGAAGCGUCUGGCUAUUUUGAAAGUCUCAGAGACUAUUGCUUUAUAGAGGCUCUUAAGUUCUGCCUUUGAGACUCAACAGACUGUCAUGGUAACCAAUAAUUACUGGUAGGCUCUACAGCUAAGCAUACAUGGAAAUUCCAUCACUAGCCAGGCAAGUUGAAGACUCCAGAGGUUCGGGGAAGCAAGAAAUCAAGUUCAAGGAACUUGGCAGGCCCAAGUCUGGAUUUCUGGAAACAUAUUUAGCCAAAUGACCAGCCCUUCUUCUGAGGGCUGAUUCUACUUGCCCCUGCUUGGAUUCAUGACGCUGCACCUGCCACCCACACUGUAAAAGAAUCCACUUCUUAGCUGACCCUCUUCAGAGAAAAAAAAGUUUCACUUCAUUCUUCCUUACUCCAUUCUUCUGCAAUCACAGUUUCCAUUUCUUUGACUAUUUCUACUCAUGUCUGAAGUUUCCCCAAUUUUCCUUUAUUAAAAAGAGGGAGGAGGACAGACACACCAAGACCUUCAAAACAGCAAGGACUGGCUCAGUCUCAUGAUUAUUUUUUCCUUUAAAUGUCACACUCCUAAUAUUUACACAUUUUCCCACCUGCUUUCAAUCUGCUAGCUAGUAUUCCUCUUGAAUUUAUGCCAAUUUUACAAAACCUGUGAUCAUAAACUUUGAGUAAUUUUAACUUUAAAAAAUCAGACUUAGAACGAGUAUUUCCUUUCUCCUCCCAUUGCAGGAAGAUUUAACUACGAGCUUCUUGAACGCGGUCAAUUUGAUUCUUUCUUCAUUUUUAAGCAUACACGGAGUGUGUGAGACAAAGUUGUCAAAACUUUCACCCCUGCACAACUCAGUUUAAAUCCUGGGACUAAAAGUGUAAAAACCAGAGGACAAAUGACUUUGCAUAGACAUACUAAUCAAAACCCAAAGCAGUGGAGGUAGCUCCCAGGAGACCAGGAAUGGCUCCUCUACAUCUUCGGAAGUAAUUUUCCAUGUGCCUGGCAGGGCGAUCUUGUUAAAGCACAGCCUCAGGUUGCCCAAGCUGGGCUUGGACUCCGUCGGGUUUACAAGCUUCAUUACUGGAAAGAGUCUAUGGCUCUCCUGGCACCAGCAGCGGCAGAGAUGUUCACCGGACAAUGAAAAGUUUCUGUUUACAGACUAAAAUCAAAGCAUGGCCUUCCUUGACACGGUGAUGGCGAAGUUCAGAAGGAACAGCUGGGAGUGUGACAAGCGCCUACUCAGCCAAGCAGACUGAAGCCCUCGCAGUCACCACUCACCUCCGGGAGCGCCGGGUUCAGUAGAGAAAGAAGGUCUAGCCAGGGCGUGCCGAGGAAGCUUCUGGAACCCCGGGAGAGCAGAGGGGCGCACGUUCCACAAGCAAGCUCCCUGGAGCCCCGGCGUGAGGCGGUGCACGUAGGCGUAGGCGACUCGGAGGGUGGGGGUGCAGCCGGGAUAGCCCGGGACGCGGGGUCCCGGAGCAGCGCCCCGCCCCCGGCCCUGGCCCCGCCCUCCUUGGCUGCUCUUAAGCCCGCGCCGCGGGCGCCUCCGGUUCCGUCGUCCGCUCCUUGCGCUCGGACUCCGCCGAAGUCCGCUCAAUCCUCUCCGUGCUCUUCGGUACCCACGCAGUCCUCCCAGUCCGCCCUCCGCUCCAGCCCCGGGCUCACGUCUGGUCCUGCGCUCUUCGGGGUCUCAGCGUCUCGCGAGAAGUCCUCGCCACAGGCCUUCGGCUCCCGGGUUCAGGGGCGGAUGGGGGACCGCGGAGCGAGGCCGGGGCGGCUGAUGCCCAUGCUCGCCCUGCUCUCCUGGGCGGCCGGCCUGGGCGUGGCGGAGGAGACGCCCGGGCGCAUCCCUGCAGAUAAAUUAUUAGUCAUAACUGUCGCAACAAAAGAAAAUGAUGGAUUCCACAGAUUUAUGAAUUCAGCCAAGUAUUUCAAUUACACUGUGAAGGUUCUUGGUCAAGGUCAGGAGUGGAGAGGCGGUGAUGGAAUGAACAGUAUCGGAGGGGGCCAGAAGGUGAGAUUACUGAAAGAAGCUAUGGAGCACUACGCCAGUCAGGAAGAUCUGGUCAUCUUGUUUACCGAGUGAGUUCCAAAGAGGAAAACAUUCACUUUCCAUAUGGCAUCUACAACUUUUUUGGCCAAUCUGGGGAUUAAAUCCAGGUUUCCUUCACCUGAGGACAAGGCUGUACGUGGAGUUUCACACCCACCACCCAGCUCCUGCCCUCCUUUGUAACAUUUGAGUAUGUGGUGCUACUUAAAUAUUUUCUAUAAACUAUAUCUGUCUGUCUGCCUGCCUGCUUGCCUGCCUUUUCAUCCAUCCGUCUGUCCAUCUAUCCAUCUAUCCAUCCAUUCAUCCGUCCAUCCACCCAGUGAUUAUAAAUCAUGGCUCUUUCAUCCACCAAGGAGCAUUUUUAACUAUUUUCAGAAACUGUCUUGGCCUUUUGAGGCUCUCUCUCCUCCUGACUUCACAGAGUUUGAGCUUCUGCUCUCAUCUUUAGUCUUAUCCUCUCUCUCUCUCUCUCUCUUUCUCCUUCCCUCCCUCUCUCUCUCUCUCUCUCUCUCUCUCUCUCUCUCUCACACACACACACACACACACACACACACACACACACACACAUACACAUGCACGCAAAAGCACUUGCAUUGUGGGCACAUACAAACAAAAUUAACAACUAGUAUUUUGGAGUAAAGCAACUAUGGUAAAAAUAGGAUUGACAAGGUCAGUUAUACAGAAAAGUUUUAUAAGUCAGAUUAGCUUGCUUAUUUAAUUUUAAAAACACAUCAAAAAAGUUACUUUUGAGAUUUCAGAGUACGUUUACUGAGAUAUAAAACUUGCUUUAAAAUAGACAUAUAUCUUUAAAGUUUAUUUAAAACCCAUACACAUAACAUGUAUAUGUGCAUGCCUUUUCCCGUGUCCUGCUUUGUAAGCAGCCCCUCCUCCAGUUAAUAACCAGCAGCCACCGUGCUUGCUAAUGUAUGUAGUAACACACUUACAGUGUGUUAGCAACUGUUAACCAACAAUUGCUAUUUACUGUCACUUUCCCUCUGUUUUAUAAAUGAGAAAGUAAGCUAGGUUAAAUAACUUGUUAAUAACUGAUAGCCGGCAGCAAAGCUGGAGUCAGACUGUAGCUGGUACACUACACACUGUGAUAGACUGUGAUUAUACUGUUAGUAGUGCCAAGAGCAUUUUCCUUAUUGAUUCCAGAAAGAAAAAUCACAUAUUAUAAUAUGUACCUAUCUAUCUGCAAUCUUUCUCUGACAGUCUCCCUAUCUGGAUAUUCAUAAACAGAAAUUUAAUUUUGAAGUGCAAUAUUUCAUAAUAGAAAUAUAAAUCACUGAUUAAUUUUUCUAGAACAGCAUCAAGUGAAAAGAAAUUAACUUAUUUAAACAGUAGCUUUAGAUAUUACUUCAAAAAACCUGGGGGAUGGUGUGUUGAGUGGUGGAUUGUAUGAGUAAUUCCAGCGCCCAUAGGUUGAGCUAGGAGAAUUUCAAGUGUAAUGGCAGUCUGGGCUAUGUAGUGAGAAUCUUAUCUCAGAAUAAAUUAGGAAAUACCAAAUUUGUUUAGCCGAGUUACAGAAUUUAGUUAUAUAAUUCUUCAUUCAGUUUUUAGCCACGUAUUCCAUUUUCUAAAGAUGUAAGCACUUGUUCCCUAUGCAAAGGAAGGAGCAGAGAGACAAUGCGGGCAGCUUCAUUUUUAAAGGAUGAGGUGUGGCGGUUAAUGUGUCCUGCUUCUUCAUACUGUGCUGGACAGAGUUACUCACAUGACAUAUCUUACUUCCUUUCCUAGUACUUUCUAAGAAGGAUGGCCUGUGCUCCACUUACACACGAGUGAGGCCACCAUUAUAGGAUUCGCAUGUAGAAGAGGGGCAGGUAUUAUCUUUGCCAAGAGCAUAAUGGAAAACAUACACUUAUGGUAUUUUUGCUAAGUUCUUUAACUCAGUAAAGUAUACAUUACUAACUCUUACAUGUGCAUAUCCAGUCCCUCAUAGAUACAGCUAAAGAACACCGAUGGAGCAGCCCUGUGCUGGGCCAUGUGACUCACAGUCAGCCUGCAUGUUAGCCAUUAGGAAACCCUUUGCAGAACUCAAGAGCUUGUCCUUCGUAUUUGCCGCCUACCAUAAGCAUUAGCUUAGAGCCGGACAGACAUUGUCUUUCAGCUGCACUGAUGUAAAAACAAGUACUGCUAGAUUUAAAGUUGUAAUAAGCUAGAACUUUCUGCAGAGAUGUUACAUUUCUAACAGAGGUUAUUACAAUUCAUUUUCUGUUAAGUUAUGAUCCUAUGAGUUAGUUCUGAAAAAUAAAGUCCGGGAAGGAUGGUGGGAUCAGGAAAACUGAGACUUAAAUUAUAUGGUUAAUUUCACCUUGUUUUGAAUUUAUGGAUCUGACUAAGAAUAAGAAUGUAAUUAAGAUUCCAUAUUAUAGAGUAUAUCAACUAUUAAGUGUAUACUGAUAGCAGCGUGAGAUAUGUUAGUCAAAACCAGUUUAUCAGGGAUAAUAAUGAAUUGGUCACUGAAACUUCCUGUCUAUGAAUGUCACUAAAAUAUUUGACUGUCAAGAGAGAAGCCUUAUCAAGUAUUUAUGCUGGUGUCAUUCAUUUAAAUUAACUGUAACAUUUGCCCAUUGGCUUAUAAUUUUUAUUUGGAGAUAAGUUACUAUAUAUUAUCAUGAAAAAUAUCUCAUAUUUUUAUUUCGUUUGUCAAAUGUAGUUCCUGUGAUGUGAGUUGGGAAGAGGUUGCCUGCUGUGUUCUCUAAACCUGUUUUAAUCCUGUAUGGAUUCUUUUUUUUUUUUAGAGAUUUUUUUCUUACUCAAAUUGUGCUUAAAUUCUGAAACAUGCAUUUUGAGACUUGUUUGUUUCUUCUAAAAACAGUUUUGAUGUUGUAUUUGCUGGUGGGCCUGAAGAAGUUCUUAAAAAGUUCCAAAAGACAAAUCAUAAAAUCGUCUUUGCAGCGGACGGGCUGCUGUGGCCAGAUAAGCGGCUGGCAGACAAGUACCCUGUUGUGCACAUUGGGAAACGCUACCUGAAUUCUGGAGGCUUUAUUGGCUAUGCCCCGUACAUCAGCCGUCUGGUCCAGCAGUGGAAUCUGCAGGAUAAUGAUGAUGAUCAGCUCUUUUACACGAAAGUUUACAUCGACCCACUGAAGAGGGAAGCUUUUAACAUCACACUGGAUCACAAAUGCAAAAUUUUCCAGGCCUUGAAUGGAGCUACAGAUGAAGUUGUUUUAAAGUUUGAAAAUGGUAAAAGCAGAGUGAAGAAUACAUUUUAUGAAACACUGCCAGUGGCAAUUAAUGGAAAUGGGCCCACCAAGAUUCUCCUGAAUUACUUUGGAAACUAUGUUCCAAACUCAUGGACACAGGAAAAUGGCUGUGCGCUUUGUGAUGUUGACACAAUUGACUUGUCUACAGUAGAUGUCCCUCCCAAGGUUACACUGGGUGUUUUUAUUGAACAACCAACCCCCUUUCUACCUCGAUUCCUGAACUUACUGUUAACACUGGAUUAUCCCAAAGAAGCCCUUCAACUCUUUAUUCAUAAUAAAGAAGUUUAUCAUGAAAAGGACAUCAAAGUGUUUGUUGAUAAAGCUAAGCAUGACAUCAGCUCUAUAAAAAUAGUAGGACCAGAGGAGAACCUAAGUCAAGCAGAAGCCAGGAACAUGGGCAUGGAUUUCUGCCGUCAGGAUGAAAAGUGUGAUUACUACUUUAGUGUGGAUGCAGAUGUUGUUUUGACAAACCCAAGAACUUUAAAAUUUUUGAUUGAACAAAACAGGAAAAUCAUUGCUCCUCUUGUGACACGUCAUGGAAAGUUGUGGUCCAACUUUUGGGGAGCACUGAGUCCUGAUGGGUACUAUGCUCGCUCUGAAGAUUACGUGGAUAUUGUUCAGGGGAACAGAGUAGGAAUCUGGAAUGUCCCAUAUAUGGCUAAUGUGUACUUAAUUCAAGGAAAGACACUCCGAUCUGAGAUGAAUGAAAGGAACUAUUUUGUCCGUGAUAAGUUGGAUCCCGAUAUGGCUCUUUGCCGCAAUGCUAGAGAUAUGACCUUACAAAGGGAAAAAGACUCCCCUACUCCGGAAACAUUCCAAAUGCUCAGCCCCCCAAAGGGUGUGUUUAUGUACAUUUCUAACAGACAUGAAUUUGGACGGCUGAUAUCAACUGCUAAUUACAACACUUCCCAUCUUAACAAUGACUUCUGGCAGAUUUUUGAAAAUCCCGUGGAUUGGAAGGAAAAAUAUAUAAAUCGUGAUUAUUCAAAGAUUUUCACUGAAAAUAUAGUCGAGCAGCCUUGUCCAGAUGUCUUCUGGUUUCCCAUAUUUUCUGAACGAGCCUGUGAUGAGUUGGUAGAAGAAAUGGAGCAUUAUGGCAAGUGGUCCGGCGGAAAGCAUCACGAUAGCCGCAUAUCGGGUGGUUAUGAAAAUGUCCCGACUGACGAUAUUCAUAUGAAGCAGAUCGGGCUGGAGAAUGUUUGGCUUCAUUUCAUCCGAGAGUUCAUUGCUCCAGUCACACUGAAGGUCUUCGCAGGCUAUUAUACAAAGGGAUUUGCACUGCUGAAUUUUGUAGUAAAGUACUCACCUGAAAGACAGCGCUCGCUCCGUCCCCACCACGAUGCCUCAACCUUUACCAUCAACAUUGCUCUGAAUAAUGUAGGAGAGGAUUUUCAGGGAGGUGGAUGCAAAUUUCUGAGGUAUAAUUGCUCCAUUGAGUCCCCACGAAAAGGCUGGAGCUUCAUGCAUCCUGGGAGGCUCACACAUUUGCACGAAGGACUUCCUGUUAAAAAUGGAACACGAUACAUUGCAGUGUCAUUUAUAGAUCCCUAAGUUAUUUACGUAACUCAAACUGAAUGGCUCUCUGAGAUGGAUGACUGGCGUGAACAUGUCUCUGAAGUUGUACUUGAGAAGACAAGAAGAAUAAUGUCAACAGAACAACAUCACUUUGGGCCAAGCAUUUGAACACUUUUUAUAUAAAAUUGUGUGAUGUCUCUUUAUGUCUGCUCUGAGCCUUAAAACACAGGUUGAAGAAGAAAAGAAAGGAAAAAAAAGUGAAAGUUGGUAUUUAUUUCUGUGCUUUAAUUGUCUCUGAAAAUAAUGACAGUUUAUAAAAUGUUUAGGUACAAAGGCAUAAAUGAUAAUAAGUAAGCCUGGUAAUAUGUUCUUAUUUAAGAAGAACCUGAGAAGGUUUUAUUUAUCGGUGGGGGAAGUAUAGCAAACGGUUCUAAAUGAAAAUCAGCAAACCUGAAAGCCUGGGAUUCUGACGCCUACUGGCUCUAUGUAAUUAUUAAGUCACAUUGACCUCUGUGUAGGGCUGUUUUCCAGGAAUUAGGAAGAAAACCCAAAGAAAAUAUUGCACAAAGGUUUCCCUCAGGAAACCUAGUGCAGAUAGCCAUGGAAGCAUAGCCACUGGAAAGGAACAGUGCAUGAGGCAGAUGUUCGUUUCUGGUGGAAAUUGGGCCCCUGUGUUCCUCCAGGGCAAGUCUCAGGGGAAGCUCAUGUCUUUCUGCUUUACAAAGUGCUUCAAGCGUCAGCUCCAAGUGUCCUUAUGUCAGCAGGAUUUGUUUCCUUCUAGUCCCCCCCCCCCCCAUUAUAGAAAAUAGUAAGGAAAAAUAACAGUUUCAUUGAGAUCAGUAGUAAAUUUUACUAUGUUUUUUUUAAAGCUUACGUACUUGAAUUUUAUAUCAGGAAGAUGGUUUUUGAGCCUGUUCCUUACCCUUGACUAUAGUUGGUAGUUGGUCUCUUUUUUCCCCCUAGGGGAGGGGUUUUUCUUUCCCUCACUGCAAUCUAUUUUCUCAUUCUUAGUCUCCUUAAUUACUUUUCCUCUACCCUACUUGUUAAAAGUUCCCACAGCAAAAUUUUUUAUUUCAAUUUUUAAUAUUUCUCCAAAUGAGGUUUAAAUAUACUAUAGCUACUGUUUUUAAUUUAAAGGUUAAACUUGAAGAAAGUCUUUAUUCACGGUGCCAAAAUUCAUUUUUCUAACUCUGUGUGUUAGGAAAUAAUGAAAAAUAAAAUAAUUUAAAAUAAA